AUGGUCUCCUUCACCAAGUUGUUUACCGCCGGUCUGCUGGCCACCAGCACCCUGGCCGUGCCCGUCAAGGUCCAGAAGCGCAGCACCAGCAAGCGCGGCGCCGCCUACAACGACAUCUCCACCGUCUCGGCCCUGACCAACACCGGCACCGUCGCCUGGGCUUACAACUGGGCCAUGUCGCUGUCCGGUGACCUGCCAAGCGGCAUCGAUUUCGUCCCCAUGCUCUGGGGUGCCAAGGACUUCGGCGGCUGGGUCGCCGCCAUCGAGACGGCCCUGUCCUCCGGCAGCGAGUACAUCCUCGGCUUCAACGAGCCCGACAUGCCGUCGCAGGCCUGCAUGUCUUCCUCCGACGCCGCCAGCUAUUACCAGAGUUACAUCACCCCCUACGCUGGCCAGGCCAAGCUCAUUUCCCCCGCCGUCACCUCGUCCACCACCGACGGCCAGGGUUUGAGCUGGUUCAAGUCCUUCAUGGACCAGUGCACCUCGUGCGGCAUUACCGGUCUGGCUGUGCACUGGUACGGUAGCACCGCCGACGAGUUCAAGUCCUUCGUCCAGGAGGCCAUCGAUACUGCCUCCAGCUACUCCCUGUCCGAGGUCUGGAUCACCGAGUUCGCCCUCAGCGCUGAUAUCAACGGUGUUGUGGAUGAGGCGACCACCGUCGCCUUCCUCAACGACGUCAUCCCUUACCUCGACGGCCAGCCGUCUGUCACCCGCUACUCGUACUUUAUGGCGGCCGAGAACUACCUGCUCAGCGGUAGCGCUCUCAACUCGGUUGGCAGCGCCUACUGCUCUACUUCCGCCUAA